UCAAAUGUAAAAAUGUCUGGGUCUGGAAGAUUGGAACUUGUGAUGCUAACCUUGGACUCUAGAAAAAUCUGUAUUGCAUGACCAGCAAGACGAGGAGUCUACUUUGUGCUACGCGGGGAGGGCAUUUGUCAUGCGGAGUAGCCAUCAGGAAGCCAGCGCAAAAUCUGUGAUGCGCGGUCGUGCAUUACAGACAUCCUGGGUCAUGCAAAACAUGCAUGACAUUUCUCAGAAUCUUCCAGACCCAGACACUUUUACAUUUGA